AUGGAGUUGAUGAAUAGGAUACAUGAGAAGAAGCUUACCCGUGUUCGGCUCUGUGGCACGCCCGAGUUCGACUCGACUCUGGGAAGUUUUGACCUAUUUAAUUCAUCCGAAAGCUCUUCUGAUUCUCUCCAGUUUUUUAAUGGUGAAUCGCUGGAGACUGAGGUAAAUAUAUCGGUCAAACCUACCGAGGAAUCAGAAGUUCAGCGUUCUGUACUAUCCCAGAGCUCUGAUUCUUCUGAAUCGAAGGAUUUAGGAUUUGGAAUGAG